AUGCAGCUGCUGUGUGCCGCCCUAGCGCUCAGGCUUCCGCGGCCGCUCGGCCGCGAGCUGAUCGCUGGCGCCAUCACGCCGGCGGUGCUGGGCGGCGUCGUCGCCGCUGGGAUUGCGGGAGCUAGCGAGCCAGAGGGUCGCGUUUUAAGACUCGUCCCUCGGCGGCUUCAAGAGUACAUGCGAGAGUCUCGCAUCGCGUGGAUCAUGUACAGCCAGUUCGAGUACGUUGCGGCUGGCCUGGCGGUGUUUGCACUGGCGCCGAGAGGACAGGCGCGGCGGCUCCUCCGUGUCCAACGAGCAGGACCAGAUUUGAAGGACGUCCCCUGCGGGCCUCUGGGUUCGCUCGCCGACGUCUACCUUCCCGGCGGCGCCUCUGCCGCCGCCUCGUUCGAGGAGAUGCUCAUCUUCGUGCCCGGAGGCGCGUGGUCGCACGGCUACAAGUCCUUCUACACGCUCACCUCGCGCAGGCUCGCCACUGAGCUCGGCUGCGCCGUGGCGACGGUCGGUUACGGCUUAUACCCGGUCGCGGACGGCGCGGCCCAGGUAGCCCAGGUGGAGGAGGCGCUGGCUUGGGCGGAGGCGGGCGCGCCGCUCCCGCCGGACGGGGAGCCGCGGAGGCGGCUUCUCAACGCGGGCGCUCGGCUCUCUGUAGUCGGUCACUCUGCCGGUGGUCAGCUCUCCGCGGCCGCGCUGCUCGGACGGAGUGGCGGCGAAGCCACCGGCGCCGGCGUUGCAUCCAUCGGUUCGCUCGCGCUGCUCUCGGCGCCGCUCGAGCUGCGGCGGCACGUCCUGCACGAGGCCUCCCGCGGUGUGGCGACGGUCUCGGCCCUCUCCGCGGCGUUCGCCGGCGAUGACGGCGCCACAUAUUCCGUCGGCGACGAGGCCGCUCUCGUGACAGCGCCCGGGUCGGACCGGGCCGACGGGUCAGGUCGGACCGGUCCGAGCGCUCCUCCGCCGCGCUACUUUGACGACACGCAGCCGAUGGCGCGCCUCUCGCCCGAGUGCGCCGUGGCGGCCGGAGGGGCGGCGGCAGUGAAGAAGCUGCCGCCGCUCGUCGCGCUCUUCCACGGCGUGGAAGACCCCGUCGUGCCCGUAUCCUCGACCCAGCGCUUCGAGGCCGCCCUCAAAGCGCGCGCAGACUCCUCGUGGCCCUCGGUGGUGUCAGAAUACCGCGAGGGGUGCAGCCACCUCGACUACCACGUUUUCGACGUCGAGACCGCGACGCUCCUCGCCGGAUUUGCUUUCGAGGCGUACAACGAGCCUGAAGAGGGUGAUGCGCGGUGGGAGCGCGGCGCAGACGGGUGCAACGUGGCCUUCAUGUCGGACGGCUUCGCCGCCGAAUGCUACGCCGGCCGGCUCGAGGUGACGCUGCACGAGGUGCGCGACCUCCCGCCUCCGAAGCAGCUCAACCUCAACCUCAACGACCCGGCGUCGCUGCUGUCGGGAGGGAACGUCGACCCAUACGUGGUGUUCGCACUCAACGAGGAGGCCGCCAAGGGGCCAAAGGAGGGCGCCGUCGGCCUGCAGCGCGCCACCGACCUCGCGCGCACAGCCACCCGCUGGGCGAGCGAGGCCAAGCGCGGGACGGCCCGGGGCGCAGCAGAGUGGCCAGACGGCGGGGAGGAGAUCUACCUGUACGUCAAAAAGGUGGAGGAGGCGCAGCUCGCGCUCACCGCCUUCGACGAGGACGCACUCGGCGCCGCGUCCGUCCGCCUCUCCUCGCUGCUCUCUCCCGACCCCGGAGGCGGCGGCUCGUGGAGCGGCUGGAUCCCGCUCACUUGGAGACCCGCCGAGACCAAGGACAACGCGGUGCGCGUCUCCCUCCGUUACGUCGAGCUGGAGGCGCCGCCCGUCGAAGCGCCGCCGCCGCCGCCGCCGCCGUCGCCGAUGACCGCCGCCGCGCCGCCCGCCCUCGCGUCGCGGACUGCGGCGGCGACGCCGGAGCGGGCGCAGCUGCUCCAGGCGGAGCUGGAGAAGCUGCGCGAGCGGAUGCGGGCUGAGGCGACGGCCGAGGCGGAGGCGGAGGCGGAGGCGGAGGCGGAGGGCGCCGGCGCGGGCUUUCGCCUCCGCGCGGCCCCGCGCGGAGCGUCGGAGGGGCUGGACUGGACGGAGCUGAGGUCGCGCGUCAUGGAGGAGGAGGGCGAGGGAGGGACGUACGAGCUCUGCUGCUACGUCGACCACGAGCCAACCUCGACCCAGGCUCGCUCUCUCGCUCGCUCCCCCUCGCUCGCUCGCCUCGCCCUCCCCCCUCGCCCUCCCCCCUCGCCCUCUCCCUCGCCCCUCUCCCUCACCUCUGGCGGCCGCUCGGACGACGAGCGCGUCGUGCACGCGGGCUUCUUCGCGUCGGCGCGCGCAGUCAACCGGAGGCUCAAGGAGCUUCUCGUGGCUGCGUGUGUCGGCACGCCCGGCGACUGGGAGGCGCUCGUGCUCGUCACCGGCCACUCGCUCGGCGGCGCGCUCGCCACGCUCUUCGCGCCCGAGGUCGCGCGCGGCGUCGACGCGUCGCGCGGCUUCAAGGAGCGCGCCGACGAGCCGUGGUUCUCGUCUCUCGUCGAGCUCGUCGCGGGCAAGGCGUCGGCAGCGGCCGAGCUGACGGGGGACGUGCCGGUGCGGCUGAGGCGCGUGCGGCUGUACACGUUUGGCGCGCCGCGGGUGGGCAACUCCGCCUUCGCCGCCGACUUCGACGUGCUCGUCGCCGGCGCGUUGGGCAUGGAGUGCUUCCGGGUCGUCAACGGCGCCGACAUCGUGGCGCGCAUGCCGCGCCACGCCAACUCUGCCGGCGCCGUGCUCGACUACGAGCACGUGGGCAGGACGGUGCUUUCGGACGUGGCCGCGCGGGUGGCGGCGGUGGGGGCGGCGGCGCAGGGCGGCGGGGACGGGGCGGAGGCGUCGGGCGAGGAGGGCGAGGGUGGCGGCGGCGACCUCGCCGGGCAGGUGAAGGGACUGGCUCGCUCGCUUGGCGCAACGGCGGCGGAGCUCGGCCGCGCCAAGGACGACAUCUUCGCUCGCGUCGAGAAGAUGACGACGGCGGAGGCCAUGCUCGACGCGCGCUUCGUCGAGUCCGAGGUCCGCACCCUCGACUCCAUCCGGCGAGGCACCUUCUUGCUGCACCACCUCGAGCCGUCCUACUUCGCAGCGAUGCGGCGAGAUGCAGCCGAGAGCCACCCGAGCCGAGAGCCACCAGAGAUGCGGGAGAGCAUCGCGCGGCCCCACGCGUACGGCGCUCCCGACGCGACCCCAUCUCUGCACGCCGUCGUGCGCUGCUAUCCUGACCGCGGUGCCGCCUGCCCUGCGUGCAGGCGCGCCAUCGACCGCCACCUUGAGGCCGAGUGGAGCGAGGAGCUCGGGCGCGGUGUCUGGGGCCCUCCCGGCCGCGGUCUCGCGGGAAGAGACGCGCAGGGCCAAGAGGAUACUCGGGGUUAG